CGGGGGGUGCCGGUUGGGGCCUGGAAGCAGCAGCGGAGGGGGGUCCCCGGGAGUCUGGGGUGGGGGCUGGGGGUUGAGGGGCCCUUGGUAGGGUCAGAGGGCACUGGGCUGUGGGGGCCUGAGGGGAGCGGGAGCCUCCAGAGGUGUUGGGGGGAACGCUGAGGCCCGGGGCUGUGGUAGGCCCAGGGCUGGGGCCUGAGCCUGGGGGCUCCACCCAGAGCUGGGGGGCACUGGGGACCUUGGGGGGGCGGGUCUGCUACCCCCAUAACCCUGUUUUGCUCCCUGGCUGGGGGGCAGCAGCUUGGCUGAGGUGGGCAGGGUCUGUCCCCUCGCUUCCAUCUGCAGCCUCACCCACAGGCAGGCCUCUGUCCCCGGCUGCACCCCAAGCAGCGCGGGGUCUCCUCAGCCUCGGCAAGAGCAGCCCGGAGGGCACAGUUGAGGCCCAGAGGCGGCCACAGCGGCCAGGCCCAUGCCCAAGAGUGAUGGGAGAGGAGGCAGGAAGGGACAGGAUGGGGUUUGCAGAGCGCUGCUGGGCUCUCCUGGUGAAGAUGCUGCCUGCAAAGUGCUAAAUUGUGUUACUGCUGGCCUGCCUCUGGAGGAAGCGAUAUGUAAGAGUGAAUCUCUAUCCCUAACCAUUGGUGCUGUGACUGUCGCUGAGUCCUUUCCUGAGGCCACACUUCCCUCUGCUGGAAGGCCACAUGGGCACAUCCUUCUCCAUUCAUAAGAUCUUGUUUACUGGGAGCAGUGGGGAAACCCCCAAACCCCCUCGGGUUGUCGCCUGCAGGCACAGAAACGACCGACAGUGCACUGGGUGAGGAAAACAUGUGGCGGUGCCUCGGACACGACACUUUCGCACCCAUUUCGGGAGCCGAAGCGAGGGGCACGGUCUGGCCAGGCACUGCUCCUCCUCCUCGCCUGCCAGCUGAGCCUGGGGUCUGUGGAGUGUGGCAGCUGCGGGCACCACUGCCCGUGGGGACCAACAUCUGCGAGAUGACGCCGGGCAGCCUGAAUGUGGCUGUCUGAAAGAUGGGAGAGGCUGGGGGACGGUGGGUGAGGAGGGCUGGAUCCAGCCCUGAGGCAUGCCCACCAGGAGGUUAUGCUGCUCGUGGGGCUCAGCCGAGCCCAUGCUCUGAGCAGACUUUGUCAUCGCUACUGUGACAGUGAUGGGGACAAAGAGAAGUGGGCUCUGACGCCCAGGACCCCCCUCGCUCACCCCACUGCCAAGACCUGGCUGAGGGGGACUUGACACCAGCUGGCAGCCCCAGGGCCAGGGGGAUCCCCCGGUUCUGGUGCAGGGACGUCACUUCUCAGCCCUCCCUCCUUCCCUGUCUGGCAGGGCUGCGCCUGGGGGGGCCACAGCAGCAGGGGUGGCACGGCGGGUGGCAACGCAAUGUCCCCUCCUUGUCACUCUGACCCUGCUAACGCAGGGACAGCAGCGCAGGUCGUGAGGCGGGAGGUGAAGGAAGGCUUUGCUGAGCUGCAGGCUGGCAAACGGGUGACGUGUGAAAUUGCGGGGGGUUGUUGCUACUUAUAGAUGCCGGAGUGCGAAUGUGGAACCCCACAGCUUUGUGCUUUCAUUUGCUGCUGCAUGAGAAGGCAGCAAGGGUUGAGGAUGGGCAGGCACCGUGUCUGCCUUUUUGGGGUCGCCUUGCUGACCGCAGCCGCCGGCUUUGCAGCCUGGGCACAGCCCCAGCAGGUGAAUGGUGUCCUGGGGGUGUCUGUGCUGCUCUCCCCGGCUCUGCCCCCCAACAAGAUGGUGAAGGAGAUCGAGUGGAGCUUUUCAAAUGGUGACGGUGCCAGCAUUCGAGUGGCAGAGUUUGGCCCCGGCAGCUUUGAGCACCCCAACCCCAAGGACCGGUUCAAGGACGAGCUAGAGAUGUUCAACAAGACGGCGCUGAAGAUCAGGGCCCUGGAGCGGGGUGACAGCGGGGUCUACGGGGCUCGGAUUAAACUGCAGCCGGCGCUGGUGGAGGAUCCGUUCUUCAACCUCUUCAUCUCCGAGCCGCUGCCGGACCCUGAAAUCCAGAGCUGGCUGCUUUCAAGGAGCCCCAUGUGGUGCCACCUCAUGCUGUGGUGCCACAUACCCAGCGGGGCUGGGGGCACCAUCAUCUGGAUGAAACCCCGGGGAGAGCCGGGGGGGUGUCAGGGUGCAUCCCCUCUGCAGCAGUGUGCUCCGUGUUGGGGUGCAGCCCAGCUCCCCCAACACCACCCUCACCUGCAGGGUCUGGCAUGACCUGGAGGAGAGGAGCCAAUCCAUAGACCUGGCCAGCAUGUGCUGGAGCGGAGGGGACAGCAUCAGGCCCGGCUGCUAGACCACGGUGGCUGCAGUGGUGCUCCUGGCAGCCUACGCCACCACGCUGGAGUUUCCCCAAGUCCCUCCGCAGCACCGUCCCUGAAGAAGAGGGAUGUAGUAACGGCUCAGACCUCCAUGGCCGCCUUCACUGAUGCUCUCCACUUUGCAUUGGCGCUGCCUGGCUGCCCCUUCGGGCCAGCUCCUUGUGUGGCGGGGACAUCCCUCGCUGUCACAUGCCAAGAACCGUAGCCUGUUUCCAUGGUCAGACGGCCCCAGCCACAGCGGCUCUGGGAGCAGCACGUGCUGACAGGAAUGAUGACCUUGGGACUGAUACCAUCUCCUUCCCCUGGGUCCCAUGGACACCCUGACAUCCCCGUAGAGGACCGAGUCAGCAGCUUUUCCCGGCGCGAUUGUGGGGGAGUGACAGAUCCAGCAGCUCUGCUUGGUGUUUCCCGAAGUCCUGAGCCAGCACCUGGUGCUUUCAGCCCACCCAGCCAGACAAGCCCUGGUGAGAUGCUGCCCGUCUCCUCAUUCACGCAGGUACCACGGGGGAUGUCCAGUACAGUGAUGCUUCACCUCGCCAGGGAUGUCCCAGCUUGCAGAACCCCUCAGUGCCAGCUCACAGGCAGGAGAAUUUGGCAGGAGGAAGCCCCUGCCUUGCACAAGAGCUGGUGACAUCCCCAGCAAGCGCCUGCCGCAGACCCCUGCCUCCAGAUGGAUGGCCUUCAUGCCAUCCAGCUGCAUUCUUCUUCUUCUCCUUGGCUCUCAGAGGACCAGCUGGACUUCCCCGUUAGCUGGAAUUUUCAACUCAGCGAUUUUUAUUUCCCCUCUGCCCUUGAGAGAUGUGGGAGGAACUGGCAGAGUGGGCAGCAUGUCCAGCCCCUGCUUGGCUGCCUGCUCCUCUCAGGGGUCCCCAACGGGCAGUUUUGGGACAUUCACCGGCCACAAACAGCCCGUGUCCCUCUCUGCACCAGCCUCAGUUUCCCCAGUGCUUUGAGGACCCUCUUUGAAAGUGCCCCAGGAGAAGCGCUGGAGUUAAUAGUCCCCUGGGUGCAGGUUAAUGACUUGCUCAUAGGUGGGGAGCAGUGAACACUGUCCCAUCUGCUCUCUCCUGCAGCCCUGCUGCAGAGGCUGCUUUCCCCCUCCCUGUUUUCCAUUUUGAGUUGCUGG